AUGACAACUGUUCCUCGCCCAGUGCGGGAUACGGCGGUGGAGCUUCCGUGGAAGCUGCUUGUGGCCGCCGCACAGCCGUAUCAAACCAUCUCGGGCCCCGCGCUCUCCGUGAACUUCCUCAAGCAGCCGAACCUUAUGCCGUUUCAGCGCCUCCCCUUUCACCACUGCGGUGUUUCGGGCCGGUACUAUCACUCGCUCCUGCACAGUCUUGCUGAGUUUGCGACGACGCCGCGGCCUGUGCGUGACAGCCACGUGAAGAUGCUGCAUGCCCCCAUGGAGGAUUUCUGGCGCGCGGUGGGGCUGCUCAACUGCGUGUACCUCACACACUACUCCCCGCUUAUUCACGAGCAUCCGGCAAUGGGGGCCGUGGAGCUGGCGCCGCCGUCGCACCGCGAGCAAAAGGACCUUCGCUUGUCGCUGUACAGUAGCACGUAUCAGCCCAUCUCUACGAUGAUUCUUACUGGCUCUUCUAGUGCCGCGCUUGCUGGGCGAGGCAAAGACCUUGCGGCGCCGCUGCCCCACAGCGACCAGGAUGAGGCGUCGCUGCGGCUUGCAACUGCUGGGGAGGCGCGGCGGCUGGCCGACGGGUCGAUUUUGCAAAGGGCAACCUUCACUCAGGGCGGGAUGCAGAGCAGCGACGUGGUCCCACCGUGGCGGCUGGACGAUUGCGUCGCCGAGUUUUGUCGAACACUGGCGUCCGCAGGCCUGCUGGCACCGCACGUCAGCAGUGAGGGAAACGGCAUGUGGACCAUCGUCGCCCAGCAGACAUUGACCCACGGUGAGCUUUUGACCGACGCGCCUUUUGAUAUUGUAACCGCCGUGCCCCGUGUUUUCGCAACGUAUCGUAUGCCGCCGUGGCGUCAUCGCAUUGGCUUGCCGUCGUUUAGCGGUGACCAGCAGCCGCUGUGUGUUGCGUUGCGUGUGGAACUGCGACAAGACAGCCGCACGGUAACAGCGGGGACGUACUUUCUUGUGGAGGUGGAGCGGCAUGUGGGAUGA